CCCAAGUUUCUGCUUCCCGAUGUCUUUCCUGAACAUCCACCCAGACCUCAAUCAAGGCCUCAAGAAAGGCGAUCCGAAUUUCACCGGCGGCACACUCGAGUGCCACUGCCCCUCGAACCAGGUCAAAGUGCAGAUCAAAGGCAAUGUGGCACACAAUCACGCAUGCGGGUGCUCCAAGUGCUGGAAGCCGGGCGGAGCACUCUUCUCGAUUGUCGGCGUAGUUCCGGUGGACAAUCUCUCCGUGGUCGCCAACGCCAACAAGCUGCACAUCAUUGACGCGAAUGCCGCCAUUCAGCGAAACGCGUGCAAGGAGUGCGGCGUGCAUUUGUACGGACGAAUCGAGAAGCCACAUCCGUUCAAGGGCCUGGAUUUCAUCCAUGUCGAGCUUUCGAAGGAGCAGGGCUGGCAGGAACCGCAGUUCGCGGCUUUUGUCAGCAGUAUUCUCGAGCAAGGCUUUGAUCCGAACAGAAUGCAUCAGGUCAGAUCGAGAUUCAAGGACCUGGGUUUGGAGACCUAUGACUGCUUGAGCCCGCCGCUGAUGGACGCCAUCGCGACGUACACUGCCAAGUCAAGGCUGUAGAAGGCGACGAGGCUGUGGAGGAUGACAAGGCGCCGGAGCCAGUCAAAUCUGUGAAGGAUGAUUCGUCUUCUGGUCAAGGUUGGGGCCGGCUUUGGAAGAUGAUGGGUAUAGUCAAGCGCAACAAGCCACUUUCGAAGCUAUAGCAGUUGUAAAAGUUCGGUAUGAAGCGCAUUCCAAAUUCUGCAG